AUGAUCAUUCCCAUACAUGCCUCAAAUGUUGGUGCAUCCACCUCUCAGCACACAUUCCCGCCUCAGCUCGCACAAUUCGGGAGCGAAGAGGUCAUCCUCAUCGAGCUCCAGGGCUCGCUGGAGGCGGAAGGGGAUAAGCAGGGCCAGACGGUCGGAAAGCUACGAAUAGACGAUGCGACUAAGAAGUCCACUCUGCGGAUAGGGCACCAUCUGCUCGAGGGAAAGCUCGUCAAUCUCCCCAAGCCUUUGGCAGUUCUACAUCGCCGUCCGAGCGACACUGCUGCCGACGGGGAUACGUCGAUGAAUGACGCGGAUGAGCCAGACAGCAAGAGACCACAUGCAGGAUGGGACGUAGUGGUGAUUGUAAGACGUAAGAUGGUAUUCUCAAAGCGACCUAUGCCCAUGAUGGAUAGGGUUGCCACUAUGGUCUCUAUGGAAUCGAAGAUGGGAGAAGGAGGGAAGUGA